GCAUUGCUGAAAAACGACUCCGCUAAAAACGCUUACUCACGUUUAGCACAUGUGCAGUUGCGCACAAAAUCUUAACCACUUUUUAGCGGUUAAUUUCCAAAUUCUGUGAAAAAUUCCCGCCAAAAUCGCUUUGCAUCUAAGUCACGAACUCUUCCACUUUCCUUCUUCUGCCGGCUGUCCUGUUUCUUUAUUACUAAACACCAAAGACUGGUGUAUUUCCCAUCUCCAAUCUCAAAAUCCAUUUGUUAAUUGCCUUCGAUUUCUAAUCCCCUAGUUUACAUCGUUUUACAAACACAAAACUUGAAGAAAACCACGUAAAUACCACGGCAAUGGCUCUUUCAUUGUCGCAAACCACUACCACUUGAAACUGAAAGAUUCUCCAUCUCAAACUCUAUUCACAACCGCCACCAUCAUUAUCGCGCUUCUCCAAGUGGACUACGGCCACCAGUUAAUCUUCUCCGGCAAAGUCGACUAAAACAAAUUGAGGAAGAUGUAUGCAAAAAAGGGAUACGAGCUAGUAAAAGAAUUUGCCAGUGGUGAAAAAGGCCAGCUUCAGCCAUUUAAUGAGGAUCUGUUUAAUCAAGUGAUCGACCAGUGUUCUCAGCAUUACCUUGAGCUUCAGGCUUUAAUAAGGAAAAUGCAGGGGGAAAAUGUGGAUGUGAAAGAAACUAGAAAUGAAGACCACUAUGGAGCACUUGUUCACCACCUUUCUUUAAUUCGGAACAAGCGCUGCUUAAUGGCAUAUGUGUACAACCGAGCAGAAAUUGUACGUAAUUUGGCAUGGAAAGUAGGGCUCGAGUUCCUUGAGCUUCCAGAAGAAAUUCAAGAGAAGAUCAGUCACUCAGAAAAAAAUUACUAUGGGAAGCAUUCUGCUGCUCUGCAAUCAUAUAUGGCAGAAGUGGGCAUCGAUUUGAACGUGGAUAUGGUGCCGCCGAAGGAUCCCUACAUCAAGGUGAGAGUCCUUGAUGAUAUGGGUGAAGGGAUAUUACUGAGUGAUAAGACGGCCAAUCUUGCCCGCCACUCGAUGCACUUUCUGAAACGAACUGAUGCUGAGCAGUACAUUGCUCGGGGUUUGAUGGAAGAGCUUACAGGCUGACCCAAGAGCAAGAGAAUCUGUAGAUAAAGGAAGCUAGAGGACCUCAUUUUCAUGGAACACGAGAACUUAGUUGAAAGGAACACAGUUAAAAUUGUGAAGUAGAACUCUAGAGGAAGUUUAAAAACUUUUGGAUGCUUAUUAUUUUAUUUAAUAUUCUUAUCUUGGGUUGAUAUU